UGGCGUUAAAUAGAUUGGCUUGAAGGAGUGUUUUUUGUUAUAAAUUAACUGUCAACGUUUCAUUAUCUGUGAUAUUUUGGUUUCUCUCAAGAUAAUAUUGGGAAUAUAUUGUGAGUUAAUAAUAAAAAUAUGGAUACAAAUUGCAAAUUUUAACAAAAGUGUGUUUUUAAAGACUGGAGUUAAAGUGUGAAAUGUCGGAAAUAAAUUCAGUGAAUAUUUAAAGAUGCUUUUGAAUUACAAAACUUUUGAAACACUUGAAAUAACAAAGGGAUUUGAGAGAUUUGCAAAAGACUUGAAGCCUGUGAAGCCAUUACGUUUUCCUUUCACGAAAUUUAUCUGUUUUAAAUAAGUUUUUAAAGAUUAAACAAACUUGGCUAAAUGUUUUUUGUUUGGUUUCGUUGACCUGUGCAAAGCCUUUGGUUGUAUGAACAAAGUCUGAAAACUGGGUUGAAAAGGAAAAACUGGUAGUGAAAAUUCACAAACCAGUUUGAAAACAAAUGAUUUUAAACUGUGUUUCAACUGUUGAGUAACAUUUUGGAGGGAUAUUUGAAAAAUAAUCUUAGGCUGUCUUUGAUAUCAUUGACAGCAGUUAAAUAUUUGAACAGUGGACUAGUUUUAGGCAAUAACAUGAGUCCCCAAUAUUGAUAUUCGAUAAAACCAUUGUUCAGGUGGUAGUAAGUUGUAUUUUUUGUUUACGUUCAAAUAUAAAAAGGUUUGAUACAACUGGUACCAUCUGGAAAUUAUCACAGAUUGUGAAGGUUAUGAAGUGACGACCUAUUAAGUGAGACAAUUUUCCUCUACAAUUAGUAGAACGAAGCAGCGUAUAUGUGUUGAUAGUCAACAAGGAUUAUAAAACUUAAGUGAUAAAAUGGAUAUUCUGCAAUUUCAAGAGUUAUUCGGUCAUCAUCCGAAUGUCAAUACUAUGCCUCGCUCUCCAAAGUUGGAGGGUAAUAGAAUGAGCAUUCCGCACCGUAUCCUGGCAACCGAUGGCACAAACAAACCACUGAGUAUGUCCUUCACAGAAUCAGACAGCAGCGGGGACUAUAAGACGGCCAUGUCCUCUAUUGUUGAUGGCGGUAGCCAUGGUAGUGAGGAAUCUCUUGACAAACACUCGAGUCUCCCACGCAUGAAGAGUUAUGAUGCUGCCGUGUUUGAUGUCCUCCGAGUGCCGCCUGAAGAAUUUGCUAGCCAGAUAACGCUGAUGGACCUGCCAGUGUUUCAAGCCAUUGAACCUGAUGAGCUGACCUCCUGUGCAUGGACUAACAAACACAAGCUCAUCAAGGCGCCCAAUGUUGUCGCUUUCACAAGGAGGUUUAACCAUGUAAACUUCUGGGUGCAGCGCGAGAUAUUAACCACUCAGACUGACAAAACAAGAGCGGAGGUUUUAGCGCACUUUAUCAAGAUUGGGAAGAAACUUCUGGACCUGAACAAUCUACAUGCAGUAAUGGCCGUGGUUUCAGCUUUACAGAGCGCCGCCAUAUUUCGUCUUUCCAAAACAUGGACAAACCUUUCAAAGAAGGACAAGUCUACGUAUGAGAAGAUGGCCGACCUUUUUUCGGAGAAUGAUAAUCGGCAAAAACUGCGAGAUUACAUGGCCAAUGUCAAACUACCCUGCAUUCCUUACUUAGGCCUAUACCUGACGGAUCUAAUCUACAUCGACGUGGCUCAUCCGCACCACGGGGGCAUGGAGAGUCAUCAUCGUAGACUACAGAUGAACAACAUUCUCCGUGUCAUAGCUGACCUUCAACAGUCAGCGUAUGAGCUGGAGAUCAAGGAACAUGUGCAGAACUACCUGAAGUCUGUACGAUACAUUGAGGAACUGCAGAAGUUUGUGGAGGACGACAACUACAAGUUGUCAUUAAAACUGGAGCCCCCACAGACAAUCCAGAGUGUGUCCACAUCACGCGAGGACAUCAGUAAAUGUCCACCCUCCCCGACAAAUGAGCCCAGGAUCAUUAACGCUCUGACACCCGGGCCCGCAGUAUAUUCACGAGCCCACCAGAGCGGAGGACAUCGGAAGUCUAAGAGUCUCAGUGCGAACUGGCGUUGUUACUGCCACCAGUUACGUCACAUGGACCUCCAGUGUCCAGGCUGUUUUUCUUGCCCCAGCUUUCUGAGCUGCACGAGCGGGAGCGUAGAACGUACCCAUUCCCUCCCGCCAAAGACGACAGCCCCGUACCUGAACGGCGUUCGACAUCUUUUGGAUGAUAGCGUGCUGGAGGAGUCACCGUGUGCAUCCAGUGAUGGAUCGUUAUGUAAAGGUGUGGAGAGUGAGGAGAUGUCUGAGACUAGCUCCGCGGAGCAGGAAAGCUUCUGGACAAUUGGAGAAAAUUGUAGUCUGCAUUUGUCGGAGGACAGCGGUAAGGAUUACCAGCAGAGUUUCACGUGUCAGGGCUGCCUGCGUCGCAAAACUGUGCUCAAGGAGGGAAGAAAACCAACGGUAGCAGCAUGGUCCCGCUACUGGGUGGCAUUGUGGGGAACCAACUUACUGUACUUUCCCGCUAAAAAUCUGCGGGGGGUCGACCGGAAUUCGUUUAAGACAAACCCCAGUAAGAUGACGUCGGUGGUUGGUUGGAUGGUGGUCAUGGGAGAUAACCCACUCCAGCCAGAUGCAUUCCAGCUCACAGACCCAGUCAGAGGCAAUGUUUACAAGUUUCGUGCGGGGUCACAAGCCCAAGCCCUAGUCUGGUGUCGACACCUCAGUGAGGCCUCAAAAAAGUUCCAGUCGAGGACACAGCCUAGUAACUUGAUGUCAUUCGACUGAAGAAUGGAACGAUAAUUCAUUACUGUGAUAUACCAAUUGUCAAGCCAUCCAUUUCGGAUUCCAGUUCCUGUGACCAGCUUCCCACAUGGAUGAAUCAUUCCCCAUGACAAAGGUCACAUGACCUGUCUGAAUUCUGAUUGGCUACUUUUGGUCAUGAGAUUAAUGCAGAGUCAAAUUGUGUUGGAAUGUUUCAAGUCACAUGAUAUAUCUAUAUUGUGAUUGGCUACUUCUGGUCAUGAGAUUAUUGCAGAGGCAGUUUCUGAUUGGAUAUUUCGAGUCACAUGAUCUGCCAACAUCAUGGUUGGAUAGUACAAGUCAAGCGUGAAUUUCCAACCUUCUGAUUGGACAUUAUUGGUCAUGUGACAGAUACACUAUGAAAAUACAGUGUUUGCCUAGUUUAGUCCUUUUUCUGCUUUUUUUUCAAAGAAAAGGGCUGACAAAAGGAUUUGUGUUAUAAAUAAUCAUAAAAAUGCUUCUAAUUUUUAGUGAUUUUGUUUGUUUAAAUCAUGACAAUGGAUGUUUAUAGAUCAGUCCACAGUUAAAAAUGCUUUGAUUUUAAAGGGAAUGUCUUAGAUAUCUGAAAUAGUGAAUGUGCUAAAUUUUGUGACCAAAGACGGAUUGGACAUUGUUGAAGAAGAUUUGAUGAGAACGGCCAGUAAAUAUAUUGUUCUUAGAUGUAAUAGAGAGAAGGAAGGACACUCAUCUUGAACUUCCCAAAUGGAAGAAAAUGUUUACAUUAUGUGCUCUGUUGUCGGAAUUAUUUGACAAAGAGAUUUUGGAUGAAACAAAGUGAAGUUAGUGCAAUUAUGUGGUGUUCAGAUGUUGUUUUGUGAGUUAAUUAUCUUGAUUUAGUGCUGGACUAAUCACUGUUCUAUAUUGAGAGUAUUCUGUGACAGCAUCAGGAGUACUUGGUACUCGGUGCUCUCUCUUCUUGCCUUAGUAUGUGUCUGUUACAGAAAACUUCCUCUCAUUGUGCAAUACAUCCAUCAUGUGUUAAAGGCUUAAAGCUGUUAUAUAAAUGUAGCUAUAAUUGAGGGUGGAAGGGGAAUCAGACUUAAGUGAAAUUAAGUAAAUACACACUUAGAAGCUUUAUGCCCUCAUGGCUUACUCAUUGUAUUUUGUUUGAAAAUGGGUCAGGAAAGAAAAGUAAGAUUGAGUAUUAAGUAAGCACUUAUUACCUUUUUGUCAUCAUGACUAGUUCAUUAAUUUUGUUUGAAAAGGGUCUAAGUAAGAUCAAGUUAUAAGUAAGUAAGCACUUAUAACAUUUUUGCCAUCUAAACUACAGGUAGUUCAUUGUUUUUGUUUGAAAAGAAUCUAAGUAAGAUUAAGUAUUAAGUAAGUAAGCACUUACAACAUUUUUUCCCUUAUUGCUUAUUCAUUUUUUCUGUUCGAAAAAGGUCUUAAUAGGAUUAAGUUAGUUAACAUUUAUUACCUGUUUGACUUCAUGACUUGUUUACUUAUUUUUUUUAAAGGAUCUAAGUAAGAUCAAUUAUAUUAACAAUUUGAAUCUUUACCCUCGCCACUUGUUCAUUGUUCUUGUUUGAAAACUGUUGAAGUAAGAUUAAGUAAGUAAGCACUUACCCUGUAUAACCUUUUGGCUGUCCUCUUUUGUAAACUAUUGUAAACUUGUGCUUAUUUUGGUCAGUUUCCCAGAGAAUUUUAGUGUUGGUUUGAAAUUGCAUUAAGAAUCUAAGUUAAGUUGUAACUUCAACAUUUAAAGCAUACAGGGCUUUUUAUUGGCUAUUGUUUGGUAUUUAUAUAGCUAUGUUUCCGAUACUAGAAAUGCAAUGAUAUGCAAACAUUCCUAAUGUAUCUUUAAAAAAGGAAAAGCUCUGUUAUGAUUUCAGGCUCUUCAGCUCACUUUCUUUUUUACUUACUUUUUAAAGCCUCCUAUAUUUUCCUACUUUGUAUUGUACUUUCUAUUAUUCAUACAUUUCCUACUUCUUGGAAAACCUUUUUAUUUUUUCUUCUUUUUCCUUUUCCUUGUUAAAACUAUUAUUGCAACUUUUUCCUACUUGUUGUUAAAACUUCCUUUUAUUCCUACUUUUUGUGAAAAAUGCUGAUUUAUAUAUCAGUUUUAAUCUUCAUUCUUUAAUUAAUUUUCGCCUGAGCGACAUAUUAGUAUAUCAAAACACUGCAUGAUAGUUGAUAAACUCCUACUUUCUGAGGAAAAACUCCCUUCUUUUUGAGGAAAAAAUAUCAUACUUUCUGAGGAAAAACUACUUUCCUUUUUCUCCUACUUUCUAAGGAAAACUACUACUUUAUGUGGAAAAACAAAUCCUACUUUCUCCUAAGAUAUUGCCACUAUGUUAUUCCUUUUUUUCAAUGUUUCACUGUUGGAGAGCCUGUAAUUUGAGCUGAGGUUCGAAAUAAGGAUGCAAUUCAUGCCUGAGAUUAUUAUUUUAUUUUAUUAACAAGUUUGAUAGUAUCACUGAAUUAAUGCAGGUACUAGGAAUAUUGUGCUUUCAUUACAAAAAAAAUGUUGUGAAACUGGCCUGAAUGGGUUAUUAUAUUAUGAUUAAAAUAAAUGAAAAAGAUAUUAUAAUUAUCUUAAAUGCUUUAAAUUUCAUUUUUAUUGUUUACUUGAAAAGCAUAAUAAUUUGCAGACCAAAGUAAGGUUCUGAUAUAUAAUACUUUACAUGGCAUUUAUAGUUAAUAACUUAAUUAUGCAUAUUUUGAUUAGUGUAAACUGGUAAUAGAAACCAUGAUAUACGUGUAAUGUAACCAUAGGUGACAAUGUCAGUCAGAGGUGGUGAAAAAAUACGGAAAUAGAUAUUUAUAAUAUACUUAUAUAUUAUAAAGGCCGAAAAAAUGCCUCCGGUAUGGGUUACCCGACCUACGAAACAGUAGCUGACCCUACCAUUUUUUUAUAGUCUGUUGGUUAAAAAGAAUAAAUAUAUAAGAAUAAAUAAAUUUUUACUGGUAAUAUGGAGAGUAAAAGCUUUAUACUGAAGGAUACUUUUACACCAUUCCCCAAAGAUGAUAAUAUUUUUCUAAAAUAAUGCCUUACAAGUAUUUUUUUUGCCUUAUUAUACGUAACAGAUCCUGCCUCUGACUGAUACUUUCAGCGUUGACUGUAACAAUGCAAAAUAUAGCAAAGUUUAACGUUAACUGUCGCUAAGUUGUAUCAUACUUUAACAGGGUAGCAUAUUUAUUUCCAUUCUGUAUACCGGUAAUAUUUGUUUUCUGUUUCCUCAUAAAUGAAACGAAAGUCUUUGUGAAACAGUUUCUAUAUAAUCUUUCAGCUGAAAAUUUAAAUCCAAAUAAUACAGAUAUUUUGAACUUUUUUUUAUUUAUUUUUCAAAAACUGACAUUAGUUUUUCAAUAUUUGUUAAUGUUUUGUUAGUGUUACACAUGUUCUGUUUCUAACACAUGUUCUGUUCUGUUCUAUUUUGAGUUAAGUCUGGUCACUGUUGAUGUAUUUGUUAUUGCAUUCCUGAAAAACCUAUGUUAAAUUGUUAUACUCAGCCUCUUGUGUUAAAGUACUUGAAUGAAACCUUUUUCUGAAAUCUUAUCUACUAAAGAAUUAUUGAUUUUUUUUUAACAUGUCAUUGUGCCAAUGCUAAUUUUUAGCUUAUCUGUUUUUGAAGAAAAGAUGUUUAAUCAUAACCUUGACCUUAUCUACUGUUAAACUGUUAAAGGUAUUCAAAUGGAAUUUGGUACAUAAGUUCUAAGAUACAAUAAUAAUUUGUUCAGCAAGGCCCAUAACUCUAUUUUGUGUAAUUUUUGAGUUAUGUCCCUUUUUCAACUAAACAAAGCAGGAGAGUGUUUGUGUUUGUUCAGCGUCACCCUUGUUCUAUUUUCAAGUAAAAAGGAAGAAAAUAAGAAAAUUGAUGAAGAUCAUUUGUUUGUUCAUUCUCAUCCAAAGAAUGAAAAAGCAAUGAUUUCCAUGACAUAUUCAUUUCAUACUUAGUUUAUUUAUCAGUUUGCUUUAAAAAAUGGGAUGAUAUGAUAUUGUUUCUCCAAAGAUAUUCUGAUAUUGACAUGCUAUUAAAUGCAUCUGCUUUGUUUAAAACUAAACAAAUUUGAAUGUGUAAAUAUGGAUAAAUGACCUCAUCAGAUGCUUUAUCUGUAAACUUGCCUUAAUAUAAAAACCUUUAUAAAAAAAUAUAAAAAAAAGUAUAUCAAGGGAUAAUGAUAAAAAAAUUUGGAGCCCCCAUUUGAAAAAGAUUUGAACUGGAAUCAUAUGUCAAUAACCCAGUUUCGCCAAAAAAAGCAUAUAAUAGGUGAUGAUUUAUUAUUUGUAUGGCGAAAUAUAACAUACAGUAACUAUUGAGGAUUAGAACAUGACCGUCUUCCUUUUGCUGAAUAGCAUAAUCUGUUUGUAGGCUGUGUAUAAUAUUAACAUUUUCCAUGUUUGUAAUUUGUAUUAUUUUAUAUGUAACUGUGUAAAGUUAUACACUAAGAAAUAUUUCCCUGUGGCAAAAGAAGAAGCCAAUCUUUUGCCAUGCUUUAUAAACAAUGAAGAAUAAAACAUAAAACCUUCA